AUGGAGACUUCUCUGCAGCUGUGGCAGGUCCUUGGUUUUGAGGCUAGCUGCCUGACUUUCCUGUCGGAGGAGCGUUGUGCAUUUGCAGCGGGCAGACUGGUGGUAGAGAUCUCACUGGGGUCGAAGCAGCAGCGAUUUAUUCAGCACGGCUCCGCAGUCACAUGCCUAGCCUUUUCAUUUCAGCAAAGGCUAGGGGCAUCCGGACAGAAGCACCAGGCAAGAUCAAAGUGGGCAGAAGUAUUGCUUUGGGACUCAGAAACGCUGGAGAUCUUAGCAACUUUCUCGUUCCACCAACAUGAUGUCGAGACCAUCGGCUUCAUCCAAGAUGGAGAGGUGCUCGUAACCAUUGGAUCAGACCGUGACAGGACGAUGGCACUUUGGCCAGCUGCGCGGGCCGGAGUCUUCCGUAUGGGUCGCAGGGAUGGGGCUCCCUUGGUGGUCUGUUCCGCCUUCAAGGGCGGUGGCAUCAGCGGCGUGGCCAGUGCGCCGGGAGGCAGUGAACUUCCACUCCUGUUUGCAACCUAUGGCUCACAGCAUGUGAAGUUUUGGCAGUCUGCCCGGUCAGCACGCCUCAGUGCUGCAAUCGACGGCCGCCGAGGAGCUUUCGGAUGUGAUGGAGUGCCAAAAACGGUUGUUUGUGCAUCCUGGGUAGCACGGGACCGGGCCGUCGUUGGAGGCAGCGCGGGAGAAAUCUUUUUCUUUCAUGGCAGUCGAGCGGUGCGGAAGAUGGCUUUUCAGCCAUCCCCGAUAGCACAUAUCCUGCCGCUUCGGGACUCUCUCGCUGCAGUCCACGCAAAUGGAGUCUGUACCAUCUUAAGUUCUGGUGAAGCCGUCGAGAAGGAUCUUUCAGCCUUGGACUGCUGGCCUGAAUCUCGCUUCAGGACUCACCUUGUUUCAGGGGCAAGUUGGAAAUACGACAAACUUCUUCUGGCCUCGAAAACGCACCUGAUUUGCAUGGACUUACUGGAUGGUGUCAAGGGCAUCCAAAGAUGCGAGGUGCUUGCAUCUCAGCCAAGCCUGCAGUUGACGUCAGUUGCUGCUCAUCCGGCCGAGAACUGCAUUUACACCGGUGCUUUGGAUGGGGUGGUCCGCUGCUACAGCGGCUCUGAUCUGGAGUGCAUUGAAAGUCGCAGCUUGCGGGCGUCCGCUGGUGUGACCUGUCUGGCUAUUUCUGGGUCUGCUGCUGAAGAGUCUUCAGCAUGGCUGGCUGUCGGAUGCAGUGAUGCCACUUUAUCCAUAAUGAGCGAGAAGACGAGGCACUAUGUCCUUCGGAGAACCCUUUCUGCCAACAAGGCCAAGCUGACUUGUGCAAAGUUUUCUGCUGUGGACAUGUCUGGGGCUCAUCCCCUGUGGCUAGCAGUCGGGACAGAGGACGGCUGCAUCCAUACAUUCCGAUUCAAAGAGGCUACUUGCAGGGCUUGUGUGUAUACCGGAGUCCACACCGGAGAAGAGAUUGUCACCAAAGUGGCCACUUUGCGUGGACAUGAGGCGCCAAUCUUCGACAUUUGCUUUGCAGACACGCUGCCAUGCAAUUUUCUGCUAAGUACCGACCUCUCUGGCAAGCAGCUGGCAUUUGACGUGCCUAUGGCACGCCGGCUGCCGACCCUGGCUCUUGUGAAAGAGGUCCCCUUUUGCCCAUGGACCGCGCCACUUGGCGCGCAGAUCCACGGCUGCUGGGCCAAUCGCGAGCCGAUGAAGGCUAGUCUUCUAGAGCGCCGUUUCCAUGAAAUUGUCGGCAGGAACUCAGUUGCCGUGACGGAUGGCUGCAGCCUUGAGAUCUUCCCCUUCCCGUGUCUGGAGCCACCAUCCGUGGCGCCUCAACGGUUUGCGGGUCCGGGGGCAACAAUCUCCUGUUUGCACUUUGACGCUGCCAGUGACAGCUUGCUAGCAGCCUCGAACACCGUGGGAGCCUCAAAAGCAGAUCUUUAG